AUGUCCUUGCAGGCGAAUUCGCCUCGGGCUGCACGCGACAGCGCAUCGGGCGAUAAGCACGAGUCAAUCGACCUCACAUCUGACACUGAGGACGAAGAUGACGACGAUCUCCGGCGUGCGAUUGCCUUAUCGAUGCAGGAAAGCGCAAAUAAUGACGUGCAACAGUCAUCGGCUUCGAGCGCACCGCCAACGAGUGUGAUCAAAACAGCAGCCGCCGUCGACAAACCUCCAGGUUUCAUGGGUAUGGAUCGGAAAGCCAUGGAACUGGAGCGUCUCGCAAGGCUUGGCAAAAGGAAGCGGGAGGUAUCUCCUGAGAUACCUUCUAAGCAAGUUGUAAGAACGCCUGCCGCCAAAUGUGAUUCGGACGAAACACCGUUACAAUACCCCAAUGGCGCGAUCAAGCGCACUUUCGCGUCGAAAUACCCACGAACCGACGACAUCACUAUUGAAGAACUACUAGAAGCCGAUAAAGUCAAUACCGCAGUCAUCAGCUCAUUUCAGUACGAUUCGGGAUGGCUAUACGAAAAACUUGAUCCGACAAAGGUCAAGCAGAUCUGGCUGAUGACUGGCAAGCACAGAGGCGAGGACGUUCAGGCAAAGCGCAUACAAGAGUGGAGGGAGUCUCGCGUACCGAACAUGAAGCUCCAUUUCCCGCCUAUGGGUGGCAUGAUAGCCAGCAUGCACAGCAAAUUCAUGCUCUUGUUCGGAAAAGACAAGCUACGCAUUGCGAUUCCGACUGCAAACAUGACACAGACCGACUGGGGCGAGGUCGCAAACGACUGGCAGCCCGGCAUCAUGGAGAACUCGGUGUUCUUGAUAGACCUCCCUCGCAGACAUGACGGUACUGUCACGGAGGCGAAAGACUUGACACCUUUUGGUCGCGAGUUGGUAUACUUCUUGGAGCAGCAGGAAGUGGGUCCGCAGGUCAUCACCGGUCUGUUGAAAUGCGACUUCUCGAAGACUCAUCAUUUGGCCUUUGUGCACUCCAUUGGCGGUUCGCACAAGACCGAAUCAACCCAUCCCACAGGUCUCCCUAGCCUCGCACACGCUGUAAGAGAGCUCAAUCUAGGUGAAGUCGAGCAUAUUGAGCUUGAUUACGCAGCAUCCUCGCUCGGUUCUAUCAACGAUGCCUUCUUGUCGCGCGUUCGCCUCGCUGCAUGCGGCAAGUCGUUCGGGACAAACACUGCGCCAGAGUCUAACGUACGCGAUUGCUUUCGGAUAUAUUUCCCUACCAACGAAACGGUUGAGAAAAGCAUGGGCGGUCCUGACGGUGCCGGUAUCAUUACGUUGACAAGACAGGCUUACAACGCACCAUCGUUUCCAAGAGAAUGCAUGCGAGACUACGACUCGAUGCGACGGGGGAUGCUGUCGCAUAACAAACUGCUCUUCGCGCGAGGUCGUAGAAAGAACGGGAAGCCCUUUGCUUGGGUUUAUGUUGGCUCUGCCAACAUAUCCGAAUCAGCGUGGGGAGGGCAAAAGGUAUUGAAGAGCGGACAAAUGGGGAGUCUGAACAUCAGGAACUGGGAGUGUGGUGUUGUCAUGCCUGUGCCAGAGGCAAAGCUUCAGGGUCUCAAGCAGGAUGACGUACCGUCGAUGAGCGUGUUUGACGGAACGAUUGAGGUCCCUUUUCGAGUUCCUGCGGACGAAUUCAAGGGCAGACAGCCCUGGUUCUUCAGGUCAUGA